UUUUUCGUAUUUCUAUAAUUAGAUAAAAAUAGUUUUUAACAAAUAUAAAAGAAUGAAAGUUCCCAUCAUAAGUCGACUCAAUUCUAGAGAUUACCAGGCUUUGGUAUUUGGAUUAUUUUUCCUGUUCCUUGAACGUUCAGUUCGUUUAGUUACAUAUUGUUUUCCUAAUUUCGUUUUAGAAUAUCUUAGGAGUCUAAGUCAAAAGUUAUACUCGAUGAAUCAUGAAGAUACUCGAACGGAUCCUGCUAAAAUCAUUCAAUUUUCAACUACCUUUCGUGAAAUGGUUGAGUACUGGGGAUAUAGUAUGGAAGAACAUAUCGUAAAGACUAGAGAUGAUUAUCUCCUCGGAAUUCAUCGUAUACCAACCGGAAAAUUUUCUGAUGAUGAUGAUGAUAAAUCAGCGGAAUCACAUAUAAAAUCUGUAUUCAAUAAUUGUGGUAUUCCACUUUCGGCUAUUCGAACGAAAUAUCCACGUUCAUCAACAAAAGAAACAAAAGAGAAAAAACCAGUGGUAUUAUUAUAUCAUGGACUUAUGAUGUGUAGUGAGAUAUGGAUGUGUAACAUGGAAGAGGAAAGGCAAUUGCCUUUCUUGUUGGCUGAUGCGGGUUAUGAUGUUUGGUUCGGAAAUGCUCGUGGUAAUAAGUAUUCCAUGAAACACACAAGAUAUAAACCAAAUGAAGGUCAAUUCUGGGAAUAUUCUAUGGAUGAAUUUGCUCUUUUUGAUUUACCAGAUACAAUUGAUUAUAUUCUUGAGACAACUGGUGUACCAUCACUUACAUAUAUUGGAUUUUCACAAGGAACUGCACAAUCUUUUGCGGCUCUUUCAAUAAACCCAUCAUUAAACAAUAAGGUUAAUCUCUUUAUUGCAUUGGCCCCUGCCACUAGUCCAGUAGGGUUGCAAAAUCCUAUUGUUGAUGCUUUUAUUAAAGCUUCACCUAACAUUGUGUAUCUCUUCUUUGGACGCAAAGCAUUUUUAACAAUGACGAUGUUUUGGCAAAAAGUUUUAUCUCCACCAAUUUACACUGAACUUCUUGAUAGAUGUAUGAAAUUAUUAUUUGGUUGGGAAGGAAAAAAUAUGACCAAGGAUCAAAAAUCUGUAUCAUAUUCCCAUUUAUAUAGUUUUACGAGUGUAAAAAGUUUAGUACACUGGUUUCAAAUUAUUAGAGCAAAGAAAUUUCAAAUGUAUGAUGAAUUACCACCAUAUUCAUCUUCUACAGCAAUGGGAUAUUAUUGUCAUGAAUUUCCUACUAGACAAAUUAAAACACCUAUUGGAGUAUUUUAUGGUGGAAGUGAUAGUUUAGUGGAUAUUAAAGUUCUUUUGAAACAAUUACCCAAACCCGUAUUUACAAAGGAAGUUCAACCCUAUGAACAUUUAGAUUUCCUUUGGGCAUCCGAUGUACAUAAGACAGUUUUUCCUGAAUUAUUUGAUCUAUUGAGUAAAUAUAAUAAUGUACGUCAUAAAAUUGAUGAAGAAAUUAAUAACGACUACCAACAUAUUAAUGAGAAAGAAUUUAAUUAAUUUAAUCUGUGAAAUUAUACUUUUCAGUGAAAUUAAAGGAAUUGAACAUUAUAGAUUUAAAUGAAUGAGAUGUAGUAAUUAUUAGAAACUUUAUUUUAGUAAUAACCUUUGAUAU